GCCAUAAUUCCGCCCACUCUAUAUAAAACACUGACGGUGGUACCGGGGACACAGGAAUCGGAGAAAAUGAAGAUGUUGCCAGCUCUGGUGGUCAUCCUGUUAAAUGCAAUGUAUGUGACGCCACUAACUUAUCCCACGGUGGUGGAGGCAGAGCUCGGGAAAAGUUACGUUAUGACCUUCACCUUUGACCCGAUUAUUAGUAGCCUGUCACAGUUCCAUAUAACUGACGUCACUACUUCAGCCGCAUUGGUCAUUGUUGAUUAUAAUACGACAUCGGUCAACCAAGAUUGGGAAAGGCGAGCAAAUGUCGAGAAUAACAUCGCAAAUGGGAAUGUGACGGUGACCUUGACCACUGUCCUGGUCGAAGAUGAAGGCUGGUAUCGUGUCACUAUGGAUACUGGUCAUUCGGAACAAUCAGGACGUUUUCCUAUUGUUACAUAUGCCCAGCCUAUCUCUCUAACAUUAACACAAACCGAAGUCGAAGAUGAAGACGAACGUUACAUCCGGUGUACUGGAAAUGUUGGAAGGCCAAACCCAGUGUUACGUCUUCUACAGUCGCCACCUUACAAUGACGUCACCAAUCACGAAAUUAUGAAAUAUAAGCCGACAACGCCACUCCAGAACGGGACCUUCCUAGUCGACCAUUUCUUCAACGUGACUUUUCCCUUUUCUGACAACGGUACUCAUGUUGUCUGUGACGUCAUACACGAAAUUGCCCUAGGGACGCAACUUCGACCAAUCAGAAGUAAACUGGAUCUGGUUAUUGUUGCGCAGCCUGUAGUUUCAGGUCAGUCCAUCACCAUAACAGGACCAAGUACCUUGGAAACACCAACAUCAGAACUCAGACUUACCUGUACUCCAAGCUCAGCCGGUAUCACAGAUGUUAAUGUUAUUAGUCUUCUGAAAAAUUCUAGUUCUACAGAUUAUCAAACAGUAGUGUCUGUUAGAUAUAGUAAAGCCACCUCAUCCUCGGUACUUACCUGGGGUAACGUUGUCAGUCAGAGCAGAGCGGGGGUGACAGCCACCGGAAAUGUGGACACGUUAUCUGGAGCUCAGCUUGUGUUUACAAUCGCCACAAAUAGGACAAACUGUAAUGAUGGCGGAGCUUACCAAUGUAAUAUGGGUGUAACUCUAGCAGGUGGUAGUGGUGGUGUAGCGACAGAUGAAAAAUAUAUCACAGCUAAAGUUCAACCGAUAUCCACUAACGACAUGACCGUGUUUCCCUUCCCCAAUGUGGAGAGUGUAUAUUACUCCGUAGGAUCCUCGUUGACAUUCACGUGUACAGGCACUGUAGGAAGCGACAAAAAACCCCACACAUGGUGUUACAAGCGUGCCACUGAUCAAGGAUAUACCGGUUACCCGACUGCAUCUGACAUUAAUCAGAAUGAUAACGGUUUGAUACAGUCCGGGUGUAACUACCAACGUACCAGUACACUUACCUACAAUGUGACAAAUGAAGACACCAACACCACGUUUAUGUGUGAACCGUUCACUGGAACCGUGUGUGGUUCUAACCCAGCCUCACUGAUAACAUACAAAUCCAUCAGAAGAUAUUCAUCAGGUGGAACAACAGGCGGUCAAGGUGACGCUGGAGGUACCGGAGGUGAUACAGCCAGUGCUGGGACAAUUGCGGGAAUUGUCAUUGGAGUAUUCGCUGGCAUUCUCCUCAUCAUCCUCAUAGUGUACUUUGUGGUGUUCAGACGGAGGAGUCCUGGUGAGACAUACAACACUAAAGAAGAUGGAUCGCCAGAGAGUGGAGAAAAUGGAGGCCCCGCCCACACAGAAGGACCGGUGUACAGUGUUCCUGACAAGAAUCGUACACGAGGGGCAUCGCCCCCCGGCCAGCCCCCGUCCCCACCCCGCGAGUGCGAGUCACUGGUGGAGGUCAAGCGCGAACUACAUUAUGCUGACCUUGACAUUGCUAGUCGACCUCCUGGUGUGCCAGCUCCUCGACUCAGCAAACACACACCGACUGAAUAUGCCACCGUCAAAUUUGUUUAGUAUCUGUACGGAUAGUGUGAGUUGUACGUGAGGAAUGUAUGUUUGUUUGGUGUAGAAGUUAAAAUGUAAGUUUGAGGAAGUAUGUGUGGGAUUUCUCAUCAGAAGGAAUAAGAUCAACAUUUAUUUAAAGUUUUGCCUAGUUAUGAUUGUUUAACUGUUGUGAGUGGCUAUGGUGUGUAAUUACACAUUUUUUGUGUGCAAUAUAUUUUGCGUUUCUAUGUGUUAAGUUUCAUUUCUUUACGGUCUUCAUCGAUUGAUUAAUUUGUUAAGGUGCUUCUUAGAGGUCUAAACAUCAUGACAUCAUGUGUACAUGUCAGUUCAUUGAUUUAAAAGUUUUAAGGUGAGACUACCUCAGUGGAAUUUCAUUUAAUACACAACAGAGAUACAUUUAUAGAAAGAGAAAAGUUACUUAUAUGAUUAUACAUAUGUUAAUUAAAAACAAAAUGAAAAUUUUUACAGUAAUCCAGCAAUUUUAGAAAUGUCAAUUUGUGAAAUAAUUUUGGUAUUACGUUAUCUUCAGAUAUAUCAAAGUGAAAGAAAUAGGGUAAUGGAUUUAUUUUUGUGUAGAUGUUACAACACUGUCUGUAGAAUGGUAUAUAUCUACGUAUUAUCCGCCUGUUUUUGGGGUACAAUAUGCCAUAUUUCACCUGAGAAUGAAGAUGAGUGACAUUAAAGUCAAUAAAAAAGUUGUUUACUGCAGUGAUUUGUCUACAGUCUGAUAAUUCACUGUAAAACGAUAUUCCAGUUAUUGGGAGACCAACCUUUGUAUGCCCAGUAUUCUCCCAGUAUUCCAUCAGGAAUACCAGUGUUUGUGUACCUGAUCUGGUUUCUGUUGUUGUUUGGCAGAUCAUUCCGUCACAAUACCAAGUCAUUGUAUAAUGGUAUUCCGAACACCAUUGUUCUCUAAAUUUCUACACUGUAGUUUUAAAUUUUUAGAAAAUGUCAAUAGCUUCUUGUAUAAGUACAUGGUGCCCUUAUACAGUUGAAUAUCAUAAAUGUCUGCAUUUGUCUAUUUUUGUACAUUUUUUUAAUUCAAAGUUAGAUAUUACACCUUAAAAUAUCUAAAGAUGCUGAUUGUUAUUUGUUCUAAAUGUCUUCUGUAACGAUGACCUGGGUAUACUGGGGUAGAUGUCUAAACAGUGUACAUAUAAAGGUGUUGGUUAUGUGGGGACUAGGGUUGUUGCUAGGCCAGUGAACUGUUGUUAUGAUGUCAUAGAAUAUUAAGGAGGUAGUUAGGACUGUACAUUUGAUGCACACAGUAUUGUUAUGCUUAAUGGCUAUUAAUGGUUUUCUAGAAUUUAUGCAAGUAUACAACUGACAUGAAAGUCGAAAAAAUAAUAAUUUAACACAAAUCUUGUAUCGUAGCCACUUUGUUACGCCACAUUAUUUCCUAUGACAGAGAGCCUUGCAAUGUAUUAGAGAAUGUCUGGCUAUACAUACAAUUCAUUUGUGUAUGGUAGCCAUUUUGUUACAUAACAUUAUUUACCAUGACAUACACACUCUGAGAGUUACAAUGUUAUAAAGUCUAUACACAUUCCUUUGUAUAAUAUUCCAAGACAUCAGAGUUUUGUUGGAACAAAAUUAGGACAUCUCAAUAUCAUAUGUAUUAUCUAUUGUUUAACAUCCAUUGUUUAACAUUCAUUGUUUAACAAUGAAACAUUCAUUGUUUAACAUUCAUUGUUUAGUGUGAGGUACCACUUUUAGUUCCUAUGCUUUAGUUGUUUAAGUUUUGAAUUUUGAUUUUUUUUGGUAAAAUGAAGAGAUGAUACCAAACCUAUGUUAAACCAACUGUGUGGUAUGUGAUGUCUGACAUUAAUACAAUAUGAUACUGUAAAGCAGGAUAUCAGUUUUCUUACACAUUUUACUUCAUUGUUACAACCUUUGUACAUAUUUUAUAUGGAUCUGUAUUAUGAAGAAAACCAGUUUAAACAUUCAUACUCAAUCCCCAAACCAUAAUACUGACAAUGUCAAACAUAGACAUUUAUUUUUUCGACAGUUAUUGAUAUAAGAUGUAUUGUCUGAAUCAAGAUAUCGUCUCAAUGUCAUUUUCAGAUUGAAAUUAAAAAAAAAAAACAUACCUCUGGUAUCUGAAAUUCCAAAAUUAAAAUUAAAAAAGAAAACAAUUCACACAUUUUUGGAGGCAAAUAACAAAAAUUUGUUUUCACAGGGGGAGAGAAAAAAGUUGUAGUAUUUUUUAUGUUGAUUGGUGCGAUUAAAGCCUUUUUAUUGUGGUGCUUGUUAUAACAAUUAGGCUAAAUAUGGGCUAGAAGUUAUAAAUACACUUUCAUGAUAUGUAUCAAUAUUCAGAAAAUGUGUUAUUUUCAAUUUCUUGAUAUUUGUUUCUUUAACUGUAUGACAACUAUGAUAAGCUGGCCAAAAGUGAUAAGAUAUUUGUUUUUAAGGUGCUCUAAGCAGAUCUUCCUAAUAACCUCUUUGUUUAACACAUAUAUCUAAUUAUUUGACCUUGAAGGUAAAUCAUGGUCUCUGUGACCUUGAUAAAGUGCCAUAUCAAUGUGUGCUGGUCUGUGUGUAAGGCGUAGUAAGAUUGGAGUAGUAUAUGUAUAUAACAUGUAUUUGGAUGUUAUUCUUAUAGGGCAAUAGAUAGUAUGUACAUUAAGUAUGGUGAUGUGUUAAUAUAGGCCAUGGAAGAUGCCACUAGGUGUUAAGUCAUUGAUAAGACAUAUGUCGGUAGAUAGAAUUAUUUCAAUAUCUUUUGUAUUACAAAGAUUAUAUAGGAGAGUGAUUGUGAUGAUUGGCUAAACAGUGCUUCAUCAAAAAUUGCCCUAUGGAAGAUUACAAUAGGUGUGAAGAUAUAUAUAAUAUAAUAUAAAAUGAAAAAGGAAAACAUUAUUUUUUUACUUUCUGGCCUUAACUGAGGUAUUCAUUAAAAAAUCCUGACAGAUAGAAGAUUACUACAGUUCUAGUUCAGUUUCUGUUGAUUAACCAGGAUGUAUGUGUAGGGAUGGGGAUUGGGGUGGGGUCAGGUUGGGAUGUAGUGAUUAGUAGACCAAGCAAUCAUGUAUAUAAUUAUAUAAAGUAUUUUACCACUACAUAUAACAUCAAAUGUUAAUCCAUCAUUGUCUCAUUCUCAGUUUCCUUAGUUUGUUAUUUUCCCCAAUUUAAAUAGCAGGGAAUAUAUGAACAUUGUCCCACCACCCAAACCAAACCAGCCAAGCUGUAUAAGUGACAUCGUUUGACUUACCAUAGAAUGGUGGACUAUGUAGUGAUUCUGUAGUAGAAAUGAUUGACUGGUUUGGUUUCCUAAAUCCAUGUGAUAAUUCUAUUAUAGUUAUUUGUAUCACUCAUGACGUUGGAAAGAGAGAAUUGUGUAAAAGAGGAGCAUAAAGAUUGUUUGACACAAUUUUUGACAAAAGAUGUGAUUAUUGAAAGGUGCCUUCUUAUAUGGUGCAAAUUUAAAAAAAAUGAAAAUUUGAAUGGCCUAUAUUAUUACUUGUAUAUAAACAGUAAUCAUAGGGAAUUAUACAGAGAUUUUAACAUUAAGUAUUGUAGCAUGUUCAGUACUCGGUAUUCUUGCCAUAGUAUCAAAAUAAUUCAGAGAAGAAAUUUUUUUUAAUAAGAUAACGUAUUUAAGAAAGGAAUCUCCAAAUGGUAUAUGAUGGCUAAAUAUUAACCCAGAUCUCGAGAUUUUGUAAAAUAAGAUUUAUAACUGUAUUCAAAAAUAUAUAUAUUUAUAUUUACGAGGUAAGGAAGUUGUUAUAUCUUAAUAUGAAUGUGUCUUCUGUAUCAUUGGUCUCAACACUAACUUACCAGGGUGUUGUAGUGACAAACUUGUUGGAUUGCACAGUGUACAUUGUAUUGAUUAGUCACAAAGAUUUCUGAUAUCUGAACAAUGGAAGUUGCUUGCAAAUAAGCCGGCUCGGAGAGGUUUUUGUAAAUUUUUAUCUUUUUUCACUUGGAGAGGUGGCUUAUUUGCACAAAAUAUUUCUGCUAGAAUGAAUAUACUGGCAGUUAAGUUUAAAAUACACUGUUACAUCAGAAUUGUUAAGUACAUGUACAAUGUAUGUUACGCAUGUUUUUAAAGUUGUUAUAUCGAUCGGACUUGUUACAAUUUUCGUAUUUUUUUAUCAGUUUAUGAAUUUAUCAAUAUGUUGUCAUUCCAUACUAAUCUAAUGAUAGAGUAGUGUGUAUUUCAGAUAGGCUUAAUCAAAACACAGCAAUUAUCAAUCUUAAUUAAUAGAUGAGCAUUUAUUUUGUUAAGAAUUUUUGUGCCAUUUCUACCAUUUCUACUGAUGAAUAGCUAUAGGUGUCUUAAAUAUGAGAAACGAAUGCAAUCUUGUAAUAUUUUUCCUUUUUUUUUCCUGCACAUUUCUGUAAAAUAUUGUGUUAUUGUGAACAAAUUCAACACCACAGCCUGUAUUGUUGCACAUGAUAUUUUUUGUGUUAUGCUAACAAAGAUUUUUUACAAGGAGCUAGAGAUAAACUAGUGCUACAUCGAAAUGUUUGAUAGAUGUUGACCCUCACUAUCGAAAUGUUUGAUAGAUUUUGACCCUUACUUGUAGAGAAACAUUUUAUCUAUUUAACAGGAAACAGAAAUUAGUUGUAUUUACACAAGGUGUACAUGUUUUAAAAUGACCAAUAUAUUUACAGUGACUGACAUUUUGUCUUAACACCUUAUAUUUUUGUGAUCAAUCUCAGUAUCGUGACACUGCUAAUACACUCAUUAUUUUAAUUUUUUAAAUCUAUUUCAUCAAACACCAUUUCCAUAUUAAUCUGGAUAUAUUAAACCAACAUGUAUAAUUCUGUAGUUAUCGCACCUAACAGUCACAUGUUCAUCAUAUCAAAUUUAACUGAAAAUUAUUUAUAUUAGACAGGAAGGAUUAAAUCCAGAUCCCAGGUACUCAAAACUUAAUUAAUGGACGUCAUAAUAUUUGUUUUAUGAAAAUCAAAUAAUGAAUAAUAAUCAGGUAUGUUUAUUGGUUAAUUCUCUGUGUGAGUAUUGGUUAGAUUGAAUGAGACUGGGCUGGAUUUGUAAAGACUGAUAUUAUUAAUGGUACCUACCUAAAACUACCUACCUGGUAAACUAUAUAUACCUACCUGGUAAACUACCUACCUGGUAAACUACCUACCUGGUAAACUACCUACCUGGUAGACUAUACCUACCUGGUAAUCUAUAUACCUACCUGGUAAACUAUAUACCUACCUGGUAAACUAUAUACCUACCUGGUAAACUAUACCUACCUGGUAAUCUACCUACCUGGUAAACUAUAUACCUACCUGGUAAACUACCUACCUGGUAAACUAUAUACACGUACCUACCUGGUAAAUAACCUACCUGGUAAAUUUUAUACCUACCUGGUAAACUACCUACCUGGUAAACUAUAUACACGUACCUACCUGGUAAAUUACCUACCUGGUAAAUUUUAUACCUACCUGGUAAACUACCUACCUGGUAAACUACCUACCUGGUAAACUAUAUACCUACCUGGUAAUCUAUAUACCUGGUAAAUUACCUACCUGGUAAAUUUUAUACCUACCUGGUAAAUUACCUACCUGGUAAACUACCUACCUUGUAAACUACCUACCUGGUAAACUAUAUACAUACCUGGUAAACUACCUACCUUGUAAACUACCUACCUGGUAAACUAUAUACCUACCUGGUAAACUACCUACCUGGUAAACUACCUACCUGGUAAUCUACCUACCUGGUAAACUACCUACCUGGUAAACUAUAUACCUACCUGGUAAACUAUAUACCUACCUGGUAAUCUACCUACCUGGUAAACUACCUACCUGGUAAACUAUAUACCUACCUGGUAAACUACCUACCUGGUAAACUACCUACCUGGUAAACUACCUACCUGGUAAACUAUAUACCUACCUGGUAAACUAUAUACCUACCUGGUAAUCUACCUACCUGGUAACUACCUACCUGGUAAACUACCUACCUGGUAAACUACCUACCUGGUAAACUACCUACCUGGUAACGUUCCUUUGAUUGGUUAGGUAUAUUAGGGUGUGUAUCUGCUUUGUUGUGAUCAGAAUGAUUAAGACUUGUCUUGCAAAUAUGAUAUUGACACCUUCAUAUAAUCCUUCUUCUGUUAUACCCAAAGUAGUAAAAUAUUUGUUACAUUUCUGCUUAACACCAAUUUGUCAUUCCAUUAUAAAAAAUCUGUCCUUUUGGAAAUUUUAUAAAACUUGGUGUUUGUGAAAUCUUUCCUGUCUUUUGGGAAUUUUAUGGAAAAAAUCAAGUAAAUAUUGUACAGGUACAUCUUUUUUAGUAAAACAGUCUUUAUAAACUCAAUAGAACUUAAACACUUAUUCCACUUUUCUUUUAUUCUCUGCCUGAAAUAGACUAUCAAGAAGGGUAAAUCCAGUCUCUAACUAAAAUAUAAAUGGUUGUUUUAUUCCCGACUAACAGUUCCUAUACCAAGUAUGGAUAUUGGUGUUAAUACUAUAAGGACAUAGAGAUCCUAAGAUCUCAUCACCAGCAAUCAUUGUUAUGGAGAAUAUACAAUAAAUUAUUUUGUAAACAAAAA